UCCGAGUAAAAGUCGAUGAAGCCUGAUUAUCGUCGGGUUCGGUCACCAACUAUUCUCAAUGUCAAAAUGGCUCCUGAGCGUCAACCUGAGGUGUCCGAAAUACCCAAGAGCCAAAGGAAAUUUCAGUCUUAUAUCCCAUCUAGCACGAACAAAUAUGGAUGGCGAGAAGAUUUGAAGUACUAUGAUUUGAAAAUUCCGAAGUGGAAGUACGGUUUUGCAGAUUCAAUCCGAGUAAUAUGCGGGUUGGUGCCAAAACAGCAAGAAAAAUAUGAGCCCUUUGAUCCAUUUGAUCCUAAAUCGUACAAGGUCGAGAACUGCCAUCAACGAUUGCAUUUUUAUCAGAGAAUGCUAGAUGAAAGGGGUUGGAAAGAUCCCUGGAUAAGAUUCGAAGUUCCUAUGUGGCACAAAAUUAACACAACUAGAGUCUAUACAUAUUGGCAGGCGUUAGGCAGAAUGUUGGUACCGGGAAUCAUAUUGGGAAUUAUUUGUGCACAAAUUAAAGGGAAGUACUUCACUUACCAUGAUUAUGAAGGAAGGGAAGAAAAAUGGAAACACUUUAAAUAUGCAAAACAUCAUUGACGAUGAAACAGAGAAGAAGAACUGAUAUGAGGAUGAAACAGAUAAGAAGAACUGAUAUAUUUUCUUAUGGCUCUGUUCCUUGAGAAAUGAAUAAACAUAAUUGAAGUCUUUAAAA